AAGAUUUGGUCCAGAACCAGUCUCAGCAUGAAGAUCCUUUAUCUGCUGUUCACAUUUCUUUUCCUUGCAUUCCUGUCUGAACCAGGGAAUGCCCAGCCUCCUGAGUGUAGGAACAUAGGAGGACAAUGCUAUCAAAGUCGAUGUCCUGAUGGAAAAAAUAACAAUGGAUGGAAGGACUGUGAGUGGGGCCAGUUGUGCUGUAAUCGGAAAUGGAAAAUAAUGCCAUCUCCAUCUACGACCAUGGAUACCAUCAAGAUAUGGCCAAUGACCUGA